CACACGCCCUCUGUCUUUUCUUCCUUUUAUUUACUUUAUUUUCAACUAUAAAUCCUUCUUUUGUUGCUCUACCAUUCUCAUGUCCUUUUAGAAGUUUCAGAAGAAGGGAAACAUGAAAGAUGGUGGUAGGAAGCAGGGUGCACCCUCACCCUGUGCUGCAUGCAAGCUCCUUAGGAGAAGGUGUGCUCAGGAUUGUGUUUUUGCUCCUUAUUUUCCUGCUGAUGAACCCCACAAGUUUGCCAAUGUUCACAGAGUCUUUGGUGCCAGCAAUGUCAAUAAGAUGCUUCAGGAGCUUCAAAACGUGGUUUUGUCACCAAAAGUCAGGGUCAAGCACAACACAAAGCGAAACUUAACAAGCAACGAGCUACCAGAGCAUCAGAGAGGAGAUGCAGUGAGCAGCAUGGUGUAUGAGGCAAAUGCAAGAGUGAGGGACCCAGUGUAUGGGUGUGUGGGGGCCAUUUCAUCUCUUCAGCAACAGAUUGAUGUGUUGCAGACCCAAUUGGCAGUGGCUCAAGCCGAAGCAGUGCAUCUCAGAGUGCGUCAGAAUGCAUCUCUCUACAGCCCCACUAGCCCUACCAACACUGCUUCUCCAUCUUCCAAGAUCAUUCACUCACAACAACCCAAACCUAUUUUUGAUAUCGACAUGGACAUGAUCGUCGACCACACCACCUACACUGAUUCAAUCUGGUGAUCCAUGCUACCACCUCUUUUUAUAUUCUUACUAUUAUAUAUAAUACUUAGACACAAAACCUAUAUCAGACUAAAGUAAUGCAUUCUCUAUACUUUUACUUUCAUCACUGCUAAAACAAUGCCUUCUUUAUUAUCGUUAUAAAGUUUGUUGGAAACCGCAAAAAUUUCACAGGUUUUUGUGAUUUCUAAUGGAUUUUAAGCAAUAAUAAGAAAUGUGUUAAUGUUGAAAAGUGAUUUCUCAUUGUAGAAUGGAAGUAGGGUUCUAGAAAUAGUGGUGAUUGCGGCGGUGGCGGUGGCGGUGAGAGCUGUGGCGGACACUGUUCGCCCGCUUAAUUAGUUUGGUUUGGGAAAUAGAUUUUUCUUGAUUACCUGUUGACAAUAUAUGUGGUGUAUAUAUUAUGGUUAUGUGGUAAGGGACUUUUCUCCUGGACAAAGGUUUCGUGGACUUUUAUGUUGUUUUUAUGUGGUGCCCUAUAGACACAUUGAUUUUCAUUUGUACUACGUUGGGGCCUUCACUAUAUACAAGAUAUCAUUUUUAUGUUUUA